GAAACCAUCAACAUCAAUCCAACACCUUGUACCACCACCUAGCACAACGGGGGAGGGCAGACGUUUCUUUUAGGAAAUUCAUCCUGUGGCGUCUUGUUUCCAAGCUUAUUCACGAAAAAAAAUUCUUUGUUUAAUAGCAUCACUCUCACGUAGCAGAGUUCUGCAUUGAUUCUCAGUCAUCAGACUACAUCCAUUUUAAUUCCUCAAUCACCAGGCUAGAAGGGGACACAGUACUCUAUGCCAUGUUGCCAUUAGGCCUGCUUACUGCGGCGCAAGGCCAUCCGAUGUUGGUCGAGCUCAAGAACGGCGAGACACUCAAUGGCCAUCUUGUGAAUUGCGACACGUGGAUGAAUCUCACCCUGAAAGAAGUGGUGCAGACCAGCCCUGAGGGCGAUCGAUUCUUCAGGCUCGCCGAAGUAUACGUUAGGGGAAACAAUGUCAGUUGCGCAAUGCUACCCUGUCCAUCACCCACACUAACAUGUCUCAUAGAUCAAAUACCUACGGGUACCAGAAGAAAUAAUCGAUCUAGCUAGAGAGCAACAGCAGCAAUCCCAACAGGGCAAUCAACGAGGUCGCGGAGGAGGAGCCCAUCGCGGUGAUCAGGGUGGGAGAGGUGACCGUGGGCGAGGCCAAGGUCGUGGAGGACGUGGUAGGGGAAGAGGAAGAGCUCAGAAUUGAAGGAUUCAGACCUCACGCUAUCUUUCACUCUGGUCUCGUACUAUUCAACAGGGCUCUCAUUGUGGCCCUUCCGAUUUCAGAACAAGCCCCGCCCAUUCGUCGAGGGCUGAAGCGUCAUGCAUCAACUGAAGUCCAACCAUCCAGGUUGACACACUGCAGAUACCUCUUACGACUAUCAAGCUGUCCUGGCCCGCCUAACCAUUAAGAUGGACCAGACAGCCGCCACAUCUCAAGACCUGCAACAUUGGAAAUGAGCCAUAUCACAAGAAAGUGCUCUGCACCAUCGCUAUGCUGUACUAGUCGAGUCGAAACGCUCUCGGCCAUGCGAGUCUCAGCCCGCUCGAUUCAAGAAGAGAAAAGAAAUCAAUGAAGAUUUUUUUGGAAAUUCGAUCAGCCAGAAGAUCCCA